CCAUCCCUCCGUGUGGUCUGCAUGGGAGGAGACAGGAAGAAGCGGAGGAUGGACCGUCAGACGUCACCAGCACUCCCUGCCUCUCUCGCGUCUUCUCUCGCCUCAGUCGUCAGGACUGAUGGUGAGUUGGAUGAGCUGGAGUGCGCGGCGCGGCGCUGCCUUGUGAAACAGGAGGAACCGUGCGUACUGAAUGGAAACCCGGGCGAAGGACUAAACUGGGAGUUAUUUUGUCUUCAGAGUGUUGCAUUCAAGUCCAGAAGCUUUGCAUUUUUUACCCAGGCUUGGGGCUCUUGAUGUUGCGCCACGCUGCACGGUGUUUGCCAGCUGGCAUCCGAGGCAUUGCGUGCAGCUUACAGGCGUGCAGGCAAUUACGCAUUGAUCAUCACCAUUUUCAGUUGCGGGGACCCGAACCGACGAGCGCGCUCUGGCUUUCUCCCUCCAACUGAUCGUCCUCAUUAUGGUGAUUAUCGCUUCUGUCAGAUGAUACUUGUUGAUUUUGCAUCGCGCCAUGUCCUUCCGUCGGACUGAGGUGGACAAUGAAGUUAUGGGAUAGCCUGACCACUUGUUUGAUACUGCUGAGCGCCGUGCACGCCGGCCCGCCGCUGCUCCGGAGGCGACCGCGGCUCGCGUCCACCACGAGGAGAGGGCGCGCCGCCGAGAGCCCCCUGGAGCUGCCGCCUGUCCAGAUCCGUCUCUCGGUUUCUUCCCCGGGCAUCGGCCGCGCCGAUACAGCUGAGAGUGAAGAGACGCUGGCCGGAGGAGAAAUAUACGCCAUGGAGGAGUCUCUCCCCAGUGAGUUUGAAGAUGUGGUGGACUUCAUAAAAGUCACCAUCAGCAGAAUACGUCGCUCGUCCUCAUCCGCCGUGUCCUCGACUACCUCCUCUUCAGCGACCUCCUCCUCUUCCCCCGAGGAAAACUCGAGCGGCAGGACUCGAAACAGGAGGCAGAGGAAGAAGGGGGCAAGUCAGGAGAGUGGUAAAGGAGGAAGAGGUGGUGGUGGUGGCGGCGGUGGUGGUGGUGGGGGGACAGGCAGGAGGGCGAAAGGAGGUGGUGGCAGUGGACGGGGACAGGGCUGCGCGCUCAAACAGAUCCACCUCAACGUGUCGGACCUCGGCCUGGGCUACAGCUCCAGCGAGGAAAUGAUAUUUAGGUACUGCGCCGGACCCUGCAGGAAGUCUGAGAUGAACUACGACAAAAUCCUUCACAAUCUCAUCCACAACAGGAGGCUUCCUACCAAAGACACGCCCCCUCAGGCUUGCUGUCGGCCAACAGCGUUCGACGAUGACCUCUCGUUUUUGGACGACAGCCUCGUUUACCACACCAUUAGGAAGCACUCCGCCAGAAAAUGUGGCUGCGUGUGAGCGCGUGUCAGUCUUUGUGUGUUCUUACCCCCAACUUUGAAGUAUGAUGUUGAGUGUUUCUCCUUUUCGUAUGUUUCGAGGAAAUGUUUCGACAUAACGUGAUCGUGUGUGAUGUGAAUCCACCAGUAAAAGAGUCAAUAAAGACGGGACAUGGCAUCAGUUAUGUUUUUACCCCACCAGUACGAUCCCUUAAGAUUAACGUCUUUCCUCUGAACGUAGAUCAACGUUACGUUAAACAUGAUUUCAUCUGAUGUUCCCACACCAAAAAGACACAAAUGAUGAUUCAACACGCUCACUCUGUCUGUGCGUAGUACGUAUGUUACACAGAAAAGGUAUCCGCAUAUGAAAUGUAUUUAUGAAGUCUUGAAUUUAUCAUUAACUUAUUGAUAUUUAUUUUGUUUUUUUAUAUAUAUAUAUAUAUAAAAUGAAUAAAUGUUAUUUAUUACUGUGAUGUGAUAUCUCAGAGUGUGCCAAAGGUUUAAAUCAAAUAUGAUUUAUUUUCAUAUUAAAGGGGUAUGAGACUAUUCACAUGGCAAAAUCAUCUUUUUCACAUAGCAAAUGUGCUGCACGCAUGUGUGUGGACCAUCAAAAACAACAUGGGGAACAUACACCGAUCAGCCACAACAUUAAACCACCAAUAGGAGAAGUAAAUAACAUUGACCACCUUGAGAUAAUACAGUGUGCUGCUGGACCAUUCGUGCAUUUGUGUGGCUAUUACUUAGACAUGUACCACCCACCUAGACCAGACCAGACACCCCCACCCCAUAGCAAUGACACUCUUUGAUGGUAGCACUCAAAACAGACGCACAAAACACAAAAAAAUGAUUUAGGAACAACUCAGAAACUGUUCUCGAGGCACAAAGGAGACCUACACAAUGCUAGGAAGGUGGUCAUAAUGUUAUACAUGAUUGGCAUAGGCUGAAUAGACGUGGGCAUAGCCUCUAGUAAACCUGCAUUCUUUCUAAUGGCCGGCAAUAAGAUGCUUAACACUGUGAAAAAAACAAUGAAUCCACUCCUCAUUCGACCUUCUCAUGGUACAGAUAUUUCUAACGAGUCUGUGUUGUCGAUACAGGGUUAAGUUUUUCUAAAAUACAUGUUCAGUGUAAGUAACUAAUAAUAAAGCAGUGUAACCUUUGA